AUGGCGACCCCGGAGGAGGAGCUCUCGGAGCUGCAGAGGAAAUACGCGCUUCUCGAGGGCGAUCGCAAGGCGUACUUCGAGACGUCGCAAUGGACGAUGAAGCAGAAUAAGGAGACGAUCACCGCGGCGAAGAGAGAAAACAAGAUGCUCAUCGCGCAGCUCGCGGAGCAGGCGGUCUCGAACGUGGACAAGCCCAAGCCCGAGCAGCUCGGCCCGGAGAACAACGAGGAGCUCUUCCGCCUGCAGUCCUUCAGCAAAGAUCUCAAGGCGAAGUACGACCACUUCAAGCAAGAGGCGGUGCGAAAGACGAGGGAGCUCGAGCAGAAGCUCGACAAGCUGAAAGACCUCGAAGCGGAGGGGCACACGCACGAGGAGGACGACACGCCCGUCAUGUCGACGAUCCGGCAGCUCGAGAACAGGUUCGAUAAGGCGCUCAUCAAGUACAACGAGGCGGCGUCCAUCGGCAAAACCUACGAACAGAUCGUUCGGCGGCACGGCGAAGAGAAGAUGGACUUCGACCGGCAGCUCGCGCUCAUCGAGAGGGCGCUGAAACAGAAGGAGAAAGACCUCGUGCAGCUGACGCUGAUGUCGCACGACGCGAUCGCGGCGAAGGAGAUGGCGAAGAGCGAGCUCUUAAGGGUGGAGAAGGAGGAGGCGGCGGAGCGCGCCAAGCGGAACAAGGAGUUGAAAGAUCGCAGGGACAUGGUGCGGCAGCGCGAGGACAUCAACGCGCAGCUCGCCGCGCGCGCGGCGCAGCGCGAGGCGGACGCGCAGAGGGCGGAGGAGGCGCGCAAGCACAAGGCGCUGAUGAGCGACAAGGCGAGCAAGGAGGAUUACGAGCGCGCGAAGAAGGAGAAGCAGGACCGGAUGCGAGCGUACGAAAACGCCUUCUUCAAGAUCAAAGAGGCGACGGGCGUGAGCGACAUCUCCAGCGUCAUGGACAAGUUCAUGACGCAGGAGGACACGAACAUCAACCUGAAGCUGCUCACCACGGAGGGACAGGCGAAGCUCGACGCCCUGCAGGCGGCGAGGAAGGAGGCGAGGACUGCGCUCGAGGAGUACCGCUUCAGCGGCGGCGGCGGCGGCGGCGGCAGGAGAAUCGUCGACGAGUACGAGUCGUCGCUCGUGGACGGCAUCAACAACAACGAGCGCGUGCGCGCCAAAUUCGAGAAGGUGCACCGCGUGCUCGUGUCGAUGAAGUCCGGGACGGAGCACUUGAUGGACAAGCUUGACGUCGUCGACGGCGGCGUCGCGCAGCCGCCGGAUGUCGUCUCGGACGAGACCGUCGUGGAGGUCCUCGCCGCGUGCGAGCAGAAGCUGAUCAAGGCGCUCCAGGAGGUGGGAGACGCCGCGAAGACGGCGCUUCUCGCGCUCGACGACGGCGCCGCGGCGGCGACGAAGACGAUCAGCAAGCACAACGUCCGCGUCGACAUGAGCCUCGAAUACGGCGGCAGCGACAGCGACGGCGAGGAGGACGAGGAGGGCGCGGACGAGGUUCCCGACCGAGAUCGCGUCAAGGUGAGCGCGAACGAGCUCGCGGAGAAGCUCGCGAAGAGGAAGAAGGGCGGGCGGGGGGGGACGCCGCUGGACGGGCAGGGCUCGAAGGGGAGCCGGCCGUCCAUGGCGUGAUGUGAUGGAUCGAAAAAAUCGCACGUCGCGUCCGUCGUCUCGCGAGCCGGGGUGGGGCGCGCGUCGCAUCGUUUUAUCGAACGCGUCACGCGUCUACAUCACACAACUUCUACUACCGCUCUCGUUGCAUCUACGUUAAAUAUACGUACUGUAGAUC